AUGUCUACCUACGGCAAGCUCGACGAAUCCGAGCAAGAAAGGCUCGUAGCUCGCCGAAAGACCCGGAGGCGAAUCGCCGUCAUGAGCUUGUCAGCCGUUGUCCUGGUCGGCGUUGUUGUGGCGGCUGUCUUAGGAACAAGUCUUGCUCACAACAACGACAAGGACGACAAAAACAACAGUAGUAGCAAUAAUGUUGAUAUUUCUGCUUCAGUGAAAGCCGUGUGUGAUGUGACAUUGUACAAGGAUGCUUGUUAUGCCAGCCUUGGACGUGUGGUUCAACCAGGACAAGUGAUGAAGCCUGAGGAUUUGUUCAGGCUGUCUCUUCAAGUUGCAUUGGAUGAAGUUUCUAAUGCUGCUGAUAAGUAUUUUUCUGGUAAAAAGGGAGCUUUUAAGGAUUUGAUUGGUGAUGAUAACAGGACCAUGGAAUCUUUCAGAAAUUGCAAGGAGCUGUUGGAUCUUGCUAUUGAUCAUCUGAAUGUCUCCUUGUCCUCUGGGCAGAAUUCUUCUGUUCUUGACCUUUUUGAAGAUCUUCAAACAUGGUUAAGUGCUACAGGAACAUACCAACAAACAUGCAUAGAUGGCUUAGAGGAAGCAAAAGGAUCAAUAAAGAACAGAAUUAGUAGCUACCUAAAGAACUCUACAGAGUUUACUAGUAACAGUCUGGCCAUUAUCACUUGGAUUCAGCAGGCUACAAGCACACUAAACUUGAGACGACGACGUUUAUUGACCCUACCAAAUAACAACGAAGCUCCAGCAUGGCUUCAUCAGAAAGACAGAAAGCUGCUUGCAUCAGACAAGGACUUGAAGAAGAGAGCAGACAUUGUUGUGGCCAAAGAUGGGUCUGGAAAAUACAGAACAAUCUCUGAAGCACUCAAACACGUCCCAGAAGAGAGCAAGAAGAGAACUGUGAUCUAUGUGAAGAAAGGACUUUACUAUGAGAAUGUUAGAGUUGAGAAGAAGAAAUGGAAUGUGAUGAUGAUUGGCGAUGGAAUGACCAGAACAAUUGUGUCUGGUAGUCUCAACUUUGUUGAUGGCACACCCACUUUCUCAUCUGCAACAUUUGCUGUUUUUGGGAAGAACUUCAUGGCGAGGGACAUCGGAUUUCGCAACACGGCGGGGCCACAGAAGCACCAGGCUGUGGCACUAAUGACAAGUGCUGAUCAGGCUGUGUACUACAGAUGCCUAUUUGAUGCAUUUCAGGACACUCUCUAUGCUCAUUCACAUCGCCAGUUCUAUAGAGAAUGCAACAUCUUUGGCACUGUUGAUUUCAUCUUUGGCAACUCUGCAGUUGUCAUUCAAAAUUCCAACAUCUUCCCAAAGGUGCCUAUGUUGGGGCAGAAGAACACAAUCACAGCACAAGGGAAGGUAGAUCCUAAUAUGAACACAGGGAUUUCAAUUCAGAAUUGCAGAAUCUCACCCUUUGGGAACUUGAGUUCUGUGCAAACGUAUCUGGGAAGGCCAUGGAAGAACUACUCAACCACUGUGUUCAUGCAAUCUUCAAUGGGAGAUUUAAUUGAUCCUAGUGGCUGGUUGCCAUGGGUGGGAGACUCAGCACCAGACACUAUUUUCUAUGCUGAGUUUCAGAACUUUGGACCCGGUGCUUCAACAAAAGGUAGAGUCAAAUGGAAGGGUUUAAGAACAAUUUCUGCUAAACAAGCAAAUAGAUUCACAGUUAAGGCCUUUCUUCAGGGAGACCGAUGGAUUCCGGCCACAAUUACCCCCUACAAGUCUUCUCUGUGA